UGAGUAAUUUGUGUGAAUUGAACGCAAACUGUGAGACAAUUUGUGACCACAUUUGCAGCACGAGAUGGACACCAGUUUGGUCACCGAUUGUAUGGACAACGAAGAGGAAUAUUACCACCGAUUGGAACAGAUUCUUGUACAGAACCAGAGUCUCAGAAAGCAGAUGCAAACGAGUGGUAAAGUAACAGAUAAUGGGAAUAACAUUCCUCUGGAUCCUUGCCAUGUGUGGACACUCGAGAGGAUUGAGAGUUUGGUCGCCAACUCUGCCACCGAUUGUCAGCAACUGAUCCACACUAACACCAUAAUUUAAGCAAAAGUGAUAAAACACUGCAAGAGAUGACAC